AGCGAACUGGCCUGAGGUCAUUUCAAGAUGUCGAAAACUGGUAUUUUGGACAAAUUGAAUGUCUUUCGGCAGAUUAUUAAAGAUAAUGGUGGUUUAGGGAAGUCCAUUUAUGUCUGGUACAAAACGGAUGAUAUGAAGACAGGAGAUUUAGUUGGUGAAGACAAGUUUGGAAACAAAUACUACCAGAAUAAUUACUAUUUUUUCGGUAGAAAUAGAUGGGCAAUCUACAGUCCUGAGAAACAUUUAGAUUAUGAUGCCAGUCAGAUACCACCAGAAUGGCAUAGAUGGCUACAAUAUAUUUCUGAUGUACCACCAGUAGGGGAUGGAGCCCCACCAAGAGCUAAAUGGAUGGCAGACUACUAUGAAAAUCGAACGGCAACAUCUAAAGCCUACGUACCAUACAGCACUGUUAAACCUAAAAUUCAGUCUUGGUCUCCAAAUCAAUCUUAAAUCUUAUUACAGAUUAGAAUUCUCUAAAAUUUAUUGAUUUGAGGAUUGGUCCUGGGAUGCUGUAUUCAUGGAACUGAAACUGAGACUGUAAGAAAUAAACUUCAUAAUUUGUGAUUUGUGAAUAAUAGUGAAUUUAUAUUAUAAACUUUGUUUCACCAAUUAUUAGUUGGUAAUAUAAAGAUAUCUUAGUAU